GAAAGGGCGGCCUAGCCACCGAGAACAGAAUCGCGGCCAAGUAUGAUGGCGGCGGCGGCGGCGGCGGCGGCGGCCUCUCUGUGCCGGGGGAGCGCUUGGCAGCAGUGGCGAUACAGGUUUCUGGAGCGGUUCGCCGUGUCGCCAACGAGUAUUGUACAGGUUACAGGAUAUAGAUGGUGCCUUAUCACUUCUCAUGGCUUUCAUUCAACAGUUUAUGAUCCAAAUGAAAAGACUUUUGAUAAGCUUCUUAUUGCAAACAGAGGAGAAAUUGCCUGCAGGGUAAUUAAAACAUGCAAGAAGAUGGGAAUUAAAACAGUUGCCAUACACAGUGAUGUUGAUUCAAAUGCUGUCCAUGUGAAAAUGGCCGAUGAAGCCGUCUGUGUUGGCCCAGCUCCCACUAGUAAAAGCUACCUCAACAUGGAUGCUAUCAUGGAAGCCAUUAAAAAAACGCGGGCCCAAGCUGUUCACCCAGGAUAUGGAUUCCUUUCAGAAAAUAAAGAAUUCUCCAAGCGUUUGGCAUCAGAAGGUGUUGUUUUCAUAGGACCAGAUAUGCAUGCCAUUCAAGCAAUGGGAGACAAGAUAGAAAGCAAACUGUUAGCCAAGAAUGCAAAGGUCACUACUAUACCGGGUUAUGAUGGGGUGAUAAAGGAUGCAGAUGAAGCUGUCCGAAUUGCAAGGGAAAUCGGCUACCCUGUGAUGAUCAAGGCUUCGGCAGGUGGUGGUGGAAAAGGCAUGAGAGUUGCAUGGAAUGAUGAAGAAGCCAGGGAAGGUUUCAGGUUUUCAUCUCAAGAAGCUGCUUCAAGUUUUGGUGACGAUCGGUUAUUAAUAGAAAAAUUUAUUGAUAAUCCUCGCCACAUAGAAAUUCAGGUAUUGGCUGACAAACAUGACAAUGCAUUAUGGCUGAAUGAAAGAGAAUGUUCAAUUCAGAGAAGAAACCAGAAAGUUAUUGAAGAGGCACCAAGUACCUUCUUGGAUUCCGGAACUCGUAAAGCUAUGGGAGAACAGGCUGUAGCUCUUGCCAGAGCUGUAAAAUACUCAUCAGCAGGAACAGUGGAAUUCCUUGUAGAUUCAAAAAAAAAUUUCUAUUUUUUGGAAAUGAAUACCAGACUGCAGGUUGAACAUCCCAUCACAGAAUGCAUUACUGGUUUGGAUCUGGUCCAAGAAAUGAUCCGUGUUGCUAAGGGAUACCCUCUUAGGCACAAGCAGGCUGAUAUUCCCAUCAACGGCUGGGCAGUUGAAUGUCGAGUAUAUGCAGAGGACCCUUACAAAUCUUUUGGUCUGCCCUCUGUUGGCAGAUUGUCUCAAUACGAAGAGCCCCUGCAUGUCCCAAAUGUUCGUGUUGACAGUGGCAUACAGCAAGGAAGUGAAAUCAGUAUUUAUUAUGAUCCCAUGAUUUCAAAACUGAUCACCUAUGGAUCCAACAGAAAUGAAGCUUUGCAGAGAAUGGAAGAAGCCUUGGAUAAUUAUGUUAUAAGAGGUGUUACUCAUAAUAUAGCAUUGCUACGUGAGGUAAUAAAGCAUCCACGGUUUAUCCAGGGAGACAUCAGCACGAAGUUUCUUCCUGAGGUGUAUACCGAAGGCUUCAAAGGGCACAGAUUGGAAGACUCUGAAAAAAUAGAGCUACUAGUAAUAGCAGUGUCGCUGUAUAUGGCUGAACAACUUAGAUCACAGAGAUUUCUGGGAGCUCCAAGGAUUUCCCUUGCUCCACCUGAUGCAAAAAACUGGAAAUUAUAUGUCCAGCUUGGAGAUUCAACUCAUUCAAUUGUAGCUUCUCGUCAAGGAUCCACUUACUUGGUGGAAGUCAAUGGGAGAAAAUGUUGUGUGACCGGUGAAUGGAAUUUGGCUUCAGCUGUGUUAUCUCUUCAAGUGGAUGAUGUUCAUAGAACUGUGCAGUGCCUUUCUCGUGAUGCUGGUGGAAAUCUUAGCAUUCAGUUUCUUGGAACAGUGGUUGCAGAAGGUCAAGAAAUAUGCGUGAUCGAAGCUAUGAAAAUGCAGAACAGUUUGGUUGCUUCUAAAACUGGCAAGGUGAAAGCGGUAUACUGCAAAAUUGGCGAUACUGUUGGGGAAGGAGAUGAACUUGUGGAAUUGGAAUAAAUCAUUUCUUUCUAAAAUUACCAGUCGGAAUAGCCUAUUUUAUGGUCAACCAGAAAUUAAAAUGAACGUUUAUCAAAGCAAAGGAGUUAUGUAAACUCAACUAUUGCUUUAC